GGCAACCAUUAAUUCGGUCUGAAACUUUAAAGAAUUUGACAGUGGAGAGGUCAAGUUGUAUGUAUAGUAAACAACCAGCCUUUUUCCAGAGCAAGCUCUGCAAAACAUUCAGUUUACUGAGAAACUAAUGCAGGAAAAGAAAAUUCAACUUCUUGUUAAGAGUAUUUUGAUACUAACAGUUUGAGUUUCCUAUUUUUUAUCAUAGAACAUCGAAGUUGUGUGUAGUAAACAGCCAGCCUUUUUCCAGAACAAGCUCUGCAAAACUAAUGCAGGAAAAUAAAAUUCAACUUCUUGUUAAGAAUAUUCUGAUACUAACAGUUUGAGUUUCCUAUUUUUUAUAGUAGAACAUCAAAGUACAAGGAAAUGAUUAGCAGAGGAACACAAUCCAAGUACAGCUAAAACAGCAACAAGUCAGCAGGCAUGAAUUGGCCCCUAGAGAAUAAAAAAGGGAAAAAAAGAAGAAGAAGAAAUGCAGCCAACUAACUUGCCACCAUAUUUAAGCAGUCGUCAUGCUACCCUCUCAGAAGAUUUAGCUCCCUCUUCCUCCCUCCUCCCUCCAAACCAAACUCCUUGUUCUUCAUCACCAUCAUCAGGCUCUAGCUUGCUUUCUUGAUUCCUCUACAGCGUGAAACUGGUUCUGAAGAUUCAGAAAUAAAGUCAGCUUUUCGGAGCUUUCGGGCAGCUUGAAAGCACUUGCUCUUGAGUCUUGAGGAGCUUUUCUUUGUGUAGGCCCUCACAAAUGGCGGUAAAGAUGAAAGGAAUCUUCAAAGGGCUGAGGAUAUUCUCGCACAUGUUUGCUCAAAAGGAACAUGAGAUGGAAAUUGGGUUCCCUACAGAUGUAAAGCAUGUGGCUCACAUAGGGUUGGGCACCAGUGACACAUCUCCAAGCUGGAUGAAUGAGUUCAAGUCAGCAGAAGAUUUAUCUGCAGGCUCUCUGAGCACAGCUGAGCAGUCAAGGCAAACUUCUUGGACCUCUACAGACUUUGAGCCAGCAAGAUCCAUGCUGCCAACUGAGAUUAAUUUCCCAGACAGACCAGCACAAGAGUCCUCCUCCUGCCCCCCAAGAGGCCCCAGGAAGGCAAGGAGGAAGAAGACCAGGACAUCUUCCCCUACCUCCUCUGCAAGAUCAUCUUCCUCGAGGUCGAGGGCCUCCUUCGCGACGGCGUUCGACGAUUUCAACGAGUCGCAAAGAGGGCUUCGGGUCGUGUAGAAACCUUGUGUGACCACCUUGCAUAUAAUACAAUGUUUCUGGUUUAGGGAGGGAGGUGAUUUGUGAAUUGCUUUAUUCUUUGUCCAGUUUAACGGAUGGUUGGAAAUGCAAAAGUAAGUUGGAAGUUGAUCAA